GUGAGGGCGGCAGUCAGCCGGGAAGAUGGCGUCGUCCAUGCUGGUCCUGGUCAUUUCCCCUUGGCUGGCGGCAAGGAGACUUCUCCGAAGCUGUUGUGAGCGGCUGCAGCGGAAACUUCUGCAAAGCCAGCCAGGUUUUCCCAGUCCUCUGUGUGGUCCAGCAUUAGCAGUCCAGGGCCCAGCCAUAUUUGUAGAUCCUGCAAAUGAUACCAUUGGAAGUAAGGAGAUUUCCAGCUUUGGGGAUAGUAUCUUUUGGAUGGCAGCUCCCAAAAACAGACGCACUAUUGAAGUUAACCGGUGUAGGAGAAGAAAUCCUGAGAAGCUUAUUAAAGUUAAGAAAAAUAUAGACAUUUGUCCUGAAUGUGGCCACCUGAAACAGAAACACGUCCUUUGUGGCAAUUGCUAUGCAAAGGUGUGCAAGGAGACUGCAGAAAUCAGAAGACAGAUAGGGAAACAAGAAGGGGGCCCUUUUAAGGCUCCCACUGUGGAGACUGUGGUGCUGUACACGGGAGAGACACCAGCUGAACAAGAUCAGGGCAAGAGGAUCAUCGAACGAGACAGGAAGAGGCCUUCCUGGUUCACCCAGAAUUGAUACCACAGAUAUUUAAACAAAAUGACUCCACAGAAAAACAUUUCUCCUAAAGAGAGGAAGAUUCAUUGUUUUUGUGUUGUUGUACUUACUGUUUUAAAAUCAUCAACAUAGUUGAAAACAUUCUUGAUAGACAAUUUUAUGUAGAAUAUUUUGAAGAACACAUCAUGAAUAAAUUUUGAAAAUGUUUGUGUAGAGGGUAAAUGGAUUUAAUAUGUCUGUUUCUGUUACACUGUAAGGUUUUAAGUAAAAAGAACUUCCAACACAGAAAAGUAAAACAAAUACUUUAAACUUCAUAGCAAGAAUUGUUCAUUUUGGCUCAAGUUCUUGUUUGUUUGCCAGUAUUUUCUCUUACACAAGAAUACUUACACAAAUACUUUUCAUUUAAAUAACACCUAGAAAUAGGUUAUUAUUUGAAUUGUUAGUAUUUUUAAGAUGGUAGUCAUGACAGUAUGGAAAGGUUUUGUUCUUUGUUUUGUUGUUUUGUUUUAGGAAAUUACUCUUGAAACCACUCUAUAUGCAGUAUUGUGUUAAUUUAGUUAGAUGAUAGAAAUAGUUCUUGACAUUUCAAGAAUUCAUUAGGUGGUUCAUGAGAUUUAUAUUUUAUGAUUGUGGAAGAAAGAUUUUUAGUAGGGAACUGUCAGUAAAGUCAAUAGUACUGUGCUAAGGAUGUUGUCUUUGCAUUUCCCUUCUAGUUUGUCCAAAUAUUCACAGUUUCCAGUCUUCUUGAAUGUUUAAUUUUCUCUAUUAGUUUUUAAAUUACAAAAGUAAUACAUCUUCGUAUGUAAUACAUAAGCCCAUAAUAAAGGAAUGCAAAGCAAUUUACCAAAAAGAACUAAUUGUUUCUCCCCCACCACACCUUUUCCCACCCCACCUUGGUGUAUAUGCUUGUAAAUGCUUCUCCACACUGCCACAAGAUUAUAGUUCUAAAACAGAUCUGAUCAUAUCACUCCACUGAUCAAAAUCAAGCUCCUAAUUAAACCCCUUCUUGUGUCCUAAUGAUCUGUCCAACUCUAUAUGUUCACCUCCUAACAGUACGCUGCACACCCCACACCUGUGGCUCUUGAAGUUAGAAAUCACAACCACAGGUAGCAGACCCUGUUAGCUACCUUCUUAUACAUCUCUCUUCUUCCAGUGUCUUCAUUUGGCUUCACAGUUUUCUUCCUACCUCACUGAUUAUUCCUUCUCAGUCUCGCCAACCUCUGGACUUGAGUACCCCAAGACUCCAUCAUUGGAACUCUUCUCUAUCCUCACUCACCUGAGUGAUCUCAUCCAGUCUCAGGCCUUUAAAUAUCAACUGUAUGUGGACAGCUUCCAAUUUGGUAUUUUCAGCAUGGACCUCUUCUCUGAACUACCGACAUAUAUUCAGCUGCCUACUCAGUAUUUCCAGUUGUGUCUUAACAGAUUUCAAAUAUCUUAAACUCAAUUACCUCCAACUCAUAAUGUCUUCUCUUCCAGUUCUGCUGCUCCCCAACUCUUCUCCAUCUCUGUUGAUGGCAACUCCAUUCUUCUUGUUGCUCAGUCCCAAAAUCUUGGAGCCAUCCUCAACUUCAUAGUUUCUCUAUCUCUAUCUCUGUCUUCUAUCUUCUAUCUCUUCUCUAUCUCUCCCUCCCCAAACCCACAGCCAAUUUGGGAGCAAAGCCCAUGGGUUUUACAUUCAAAAUAUACUUAGAGUAUCCCUAGAAUCUUUCCACUUAUCACCACUUCCAUGGCUACCACCCCAAUCAGAGCUUCCUCCAACUGGCCUAAAAUGAAGGCACUAACUAGUCUUCCUGCUUCCACCCUGGUCUCCUGUAUUCUCAACUUGGCAGCCAAAAUUCUUUUAAAACAUGUCAGGUCAUGUCUCUCCUCUGUUCAAAAUACUUUAUCAGAAUCUUAACCCAAAUAAAAAUCUGGCAGAUAGACACAUGCAUGAGGAUUUCGCUUGACAUGUACACACGCACACUUGUGAAUAAAUUGAGUUGUCAUCAAUCAAAAAUAUUUUCAGUGUACUAUAGUAUGACUUUAUUUAAAGAAACUGUGAUAAAUCUCUUAAAAAUAUAAACUAUUUUUCAUAAUUUUUGUGACUUAAAUUUAAGAUUUCUUCUUGAAGGAAGUACAAAGACUAAGGAACUUUAAAAUAUUCGUUUUAAUGGGGAUUGCUUUACGCCACUUCAGAACUGUUUUCUGUCCCUGCCCCCAUCCUCCCAUAUACAGUUGUUAUGUUUCAGAGGCAGGAUUAGCCCCACAAUAUUUCUAAAUCUGUGCUAAGGAACUCUACUGUCUAUGAAUAGCAUUUCUUUUCCUGGCACAUAUGCAAAAAUAAACGUUCUGUCUUCUGCUGCAA